AUGGAGAUCCUCGCCCACUCACAGUCCAUCGAGCCCCGGCCAUGGUUCCUUCCCAAUCCAGCGGAGCAGUACCAGCAUCCAGAUCUCCUUCUCAAAAUCCGAUCUUGCAAACUCACGCCUGCCACAGCCGCUCACGCUGUACGUAUCUCAUUUGCUAUAUUUAACUUUUCUUCCUCCGCUCCAAUCCGGGCCAGAUGUGGCAGCACGCAUAGGGGCGGCUCCGGUGCCCACUAG